UAUGGGGGGGGGGGGCGGUUCUCACACAGGGCAGUAAAGGUCUUCUUGCCGGGCUCUUGGACUACCUGUAGAGUCCCUGCAGUGCCAGGCUGGGCCUGCAGCUCCUUCAGAACUUGGGACAUAAUGAAAACCAGCUUCAGGGUUUCCAGCCAGAAGGCCAGGUCAGCACAUGGUAGCCUUGCAAGGAGCUGUAUGUGUGGAGUGUGAUGGGCCUGUGUCCUAACGUCCCUCAAGGCUUCCCCAUGACAAAUCUCUCAUUGCUGGGGGCAGCGAUUCAUUUUGGUCUGUGAAUGGAGUUGUCUGGACAAUUUCUCAUAGCUGUUAGUACUUGGUAAAUAUUUGACCACUUGAAUAGAUACAAUUGGAAUCAGAAUAUUGUUAAAUUUUUUUAUUACAUUUAGUGCAUGUGUGUGUGUGUGCGCACACGUAUGCGUGCGUAUGUGUAUAUAUUUGCAAGUAGCCAAAGGACAACUUGCAGCCCUUGUUUUUUUUCUCUCCUUCCACCAUGUGGGUCACUAGGCUUGGCUGCAAUCACCUUUACCUAGCGAGCCCUCUCACAGGCCCAUGGCUCCCAGGAAGAUCUUUUAAAGCGCCGUUACCUUUAGUUUUCCCGCCCUCCCACAUCUAUCAUCAAGAGUUGGGUGACACUUCCCAAGUCUCCUCAGUCCUGACCCCUGGCAUCAUGCAUCGAACCACACGGAUUAAAAUUACGGAGCUGAACCCUCACCUCAUGUGUGCCCUCUGUGGGGGCUAUUUCAUCGAUGCCACCACCAUUGUGGAGUGCUUGCAUUCCUUCUGCAAAACCUGCAUCGUGCGCUACUUGGAGACCAACAAAUAUUGCCCCAUGUGUGACGUCCAGGUUCAUAAAACCCGACCACUCCUGAGCAUCAGGUCGGACAAAACCCUCCAGGACAUUGUCUACAAGUUGGUGCCUGGGCUUUUUAAAGAUGAGAUGAAACGGCGUCGGGACUUUUAUGCGGCAUACCCCCUGACGGAGGGUCCUCAGUCCCUUGCUCUAUCUUUGACCAACCCCUCUGAGCUGUCUCCCUCUACAGUCCCUAAUGGCUCCAACGAGGACCGCGGCGAGGUCCUAGAGCAGGAGAAGGGGGCUCUGGGUGAUGAUGAGAUUGUCAGUCUUUCCAUUGAGUUCUACGAAGGAGUCAGGGACCGAGAGGAGAAGAAGAGCCUCAUGGAGAACGGGGAUGGGGACAAGGAGAAGACAGGGGUGCGCUUCCUGCGAUGCCCAGCAGCCAUGACUGUCAUGCACCUCGCAAAGUUUCUCCGCAACAAAAUGGACGUACCCAGCAAGUACAAGGUGGAGAUCCUCUAUGAAGAUGAGCCCCUGAAGGAAUAUUACACCCUCAUGGACAUUGCUUAUAUCUACCCCUGGCGGAGGAAUGGGCCUCUCCCCCUCAAGUACCGUGUCCAGCCAGCCUGCAAGCGGCUCACCCUGCCCACAGUGCCCACUCCCUCAGAGGGCACCAACACCAGCGGGGCAUCAGAGUGUGAGUCUGUCAGCGACAAGGCUCCCAGCCCUGCCACCCUUCCGGCCACCUCCUCCUCCUUGCCCAGCCCUGCGACCCCAUCCCAUGGCUCUCCCAGCUCCCACGGCCCCCCAGCCACCCACCCUACCUCCCCCACUCCACCUUCGACCGCCUGUGGGACCACAGCUGCUACCAACGGGGGCACUUCGAACUGCCUGCAAACGCCAUCCUCCACCAGCAGGGGGCGCAAGAUGACUGUUAACGGAGCUCCUUGCCCCCCUUAACUUGAGGAAAGGGACCCUCUCCCGCAGCAGCCACCUCUCCCCUUCCCUUCUACUUUUUCUGGUCCCCUUUUUCCACCUUUGACUUUCCUGGUUCCUCCCAUCUUCAGAGUGGGAGGUGGGUUUUAUAAAUAAAUCUAUCUAUAUAUAUAUAAAUAUAUAUAUGUACAUAGGAAAAACCAAAUAUACAUACUUAUUUUCUAUGGACCAACCAGAUUAAUUUAAAUGCCACAGGAAACAAACUGUAUGUGUGUGUAUGUGUGUGAGUGUUUGUGUCUAGGGGGUCUUCUGUAGUUUGCUCUGCUCUUCUGGGGGGGGGGUACCUGGUGGUCUUAAGAGGCCACUGGAAGUAUUAGAGCCCUCCCCUGUAUCCAUUCUGCUUCCCAGGGCAGAGGGCAUUUUGGGUCUCCUAGCUGACGAGAUAAUGGGGUCCACCUCUAAGCACCCCCAUUGUUGAAUGUCCAGAGAAUUGCUAAGACAGUGCCUUUAAAAAGUGCGGUUUGUCCUCUGGCUGCGAGGAUCAAGUGGCCAUGGAGAAGGCAUCUCCCUCACCUCCUUGGACAGUGGGACCCUUGUGCAAAGAACAGAUGGUUCUACCUUUUUUAUCCCCCGCCCCCCUUCUUUUUUUUUCUUUUUUCCUGUGUGUGGCCUUUGUGUCCAUCAUUUUUGUCUUUAUGGAGAAGAUUCAGGCUGUGGGGAGACCCCAGCUCUGCAAAGUCUAUGUGUGACUUUACUUCUACCCUACCCUGACCCAGGAACCCCUACUAGCAAGACUGGAGGUAACACUUCAAUGGGGGCCUAGAGUGAAGGGUUGGGGUGUGGAACCCCAGACAAGCACAGGCUUGAGUUCUGCCAAAGGCCAACAGCUUUCUAGUCCAUUUCCCCUCCCCUAGCCGAGGCCAAGCGGGGACAGGACAGAGGCAUUAGAAGCACAAGGAAAUCAAGUGGAAGCUGACCCCACUCUACCUAGUGGACCACCUACUAGGGGCCGACCUUGCCUACCUGGUUUUCCUCAAGUGUACAUAGAUGGGGGGAAGGGAGGGGAGGAGACCAGGGUAUUGGCUCAAGUAUGUGAGGUCCUGAGCCCGUGGGGUCUCUUUCCACCAUGUCCUGAGUCUGAGGUUCUGUGACUGUACCCACCUGUCCUGGGUCAUUUGUAUCUCUUGGUUUUGUAAUAAAUGCUGCAUACUCUUGA